CCGGAUGUGAUUCCUGCUCCGUCUCAGUGUUGUCGUUGCAUGGGCAAUGGCGGACGGAGUUGUGCGUUAGUCUGGUAAACGUAGCCCAAGUUUAGCACAAAUAUAGACCUACUCGAAUACCAAUCAGUCAAUCAGAUAUUUUAAUCGUGUUUUCGACACAGCUUAGAUCUGCGCCCAUCAGCAUGGAUGUGAAUUUGACCAUCUCUCUGAUGCGGGGCCAAAUGGGCGCUGUCAUAGAAAAAGCCGUGAACGUCGCGGUGGAGACCGUGUUAGGAGAGAUGAUCCGGGUGGUCGGGCUCAAAUUUGAGGAGAUCAAACGGGAGAUGACCGCUAAAGAGAAGGAGAAUGAGAACAUCAGGAGAAUGUUGGAGACGUCCCGCUGUCAGAUGAAAACUAUGCGCAAGUACAUUAGCGUCCUGGCUGCUAAGGACGCCAACCAUAGACUGUAUCAGGGAGAUGGAGACAUGGCAACAUCCACAGGGGUGCACUGCAGAAGAGUGCCGACGAGCACAGUGUCAGUGUGUGCCAAAGCCCCAAACCCCUGUCCCAGACCGAGAGUCACUGAACCUGCCCCUGUAGCUGGACCCUCAUGGGUGAGGCAUCAGAUGCACAUGUCCAAAGAAACGUUAAGAAAUGAGAAUCACAUUGCUGAUUUCCAUAUUGAAGAGAUCCAUGGAUCAUCAGUUCAUAAAGUUGAUAACUCGAGCCCUCAUCUGGUGGACAGUCAGGGGCUUCUGUCUGAGACCAGCGAUCCAAUAUGGGGUCAAAACCCUCUGGCCUCUGCAGAGACUGGGCACACUGACAUGCCGGACAGCAGCAUCCUCUCUGCACCCAUGAUGGCAGAAGAAAGCAUGUCGUCCCAGACUACAAGUACAGUGGCCUUUGGAGCACCAUCGCUUAAGAUCAAACAGGAGGAGGCGGAGGUUGAAAUUGUCUGCGUGAAGGAUGAACCCGCAGAAGCUGGCAGCAUAUCUAGGCUUGAAUAUUCCAACCCUGAACUUCACCAGCAAGUGGGGGAACCAGAGCUUGGGGUGUCACUAGAUCUACCGGCAUCCUUUCAAGCUCUUCAGAGUCCAGGCACUUCAGCAGACCUUGCAAUCCCAGCAUUCAUCAACGUGGACCCAACCACCUCUAUGUCAGAUGCGAGUCCAGGGAGUUUUGAAAAUAAUCAAUGUACAGCUGUAGAGAGGGCUAUUCUCGAGUCGCAGGGAGAAAUGGACUGGAAAAUCAACCACCUGAUUGCAUUAGUUCAGUGUCUUGUGGGGAACAACAGCUUUGAACCCCCACUGCAGAUGGAAGAAGAGGAUUGUGUCUUGCCUCUGAUGUCAAUGGAGGAUCUUGACCGGUUGGAGCAAAGACUUCUAGACAAAGGAAUGAUGCAAAAAUUGGUGAACAGAUUGUCUGUUAGUGGAGGUCAAACUAUGAAAAAGACCAUAUGGAGAAUUUGCAACAAGGUCUUUGCCCUCAACGUGGCCAAACAGCUCAAUUGGUGCGGACGUGGAGACAAGCGUGGCAUAAGAAAAACAAAUAUUGGAGCACUAAUAAUAGCUGCUGCUAUGAGGAACAGUGUCCUCCUGACUCCCACAGAAGCAGAGGCAGAGAAAUGUAUCAAAGAUUACCUGCGUUUGGCCCCAGGAAGGACAUCCUCCUAAUCUUUUGUAAAAAUAUGACGACUCUCAGCUGUCUGUGGCAGGGGUCCAAAAGCAGGUGCGUCCGAGACGCAAGGACCUAAACCUGUAUGAAGAGUACAAACGCAGCCGAACUCUGAGUCUGAGAGGUCGUAACACAAACCGAGGGUGUAGUACAAACCGACGGCGUGAGCUGGAGCAGACUCUACCACAGGCUUUACUUGCAGACCUGGUAAGAGAACGAAGAGAAAAGACUCGCCUUCGAGUGGCCCGCUGGCGUGCCAAACGCAAACUACAAGCCUGUUUGAUGGCCUCGCAGGCUGCACAGUUUAACGGGGCUCCCGUGCAGGGCUCACCUGCCCAGCGGGGUGGCCUCAUCUCCAACCGCAGGCGAGGUGGGGCGCCGGCGCAGCGCGGUGGGCUUGGAUUGAGAAGGGGACUGUCUGAGAGUGGCACAUAUAACCUGCUGCUGCAGCUCGGACCCAGUCCUACCCAAUCAGCACUGGUACACGGCAUGAAUGAGGGUAUGAUGCCGUCUGGCUCCUCAGCACUAUCACAGAACAGAACUACUGCACCUAGAACAACUUACCAAUGAUGCAGUGUUUGUUUAGUGGUGGAAACUUGUGCUAAGUAAUGGUGGAACUGGUUUGAAAAAGGUUGUCGUCAAAUGUUGUUGUAACCUGCAAACAAAAACCCCAUACUGAUCUGUGCAAACCUCAAUCAUAUACAGUCAAACCAAAAUGACACCUUGAACAUUUCAUUCAUGAUUACAGUUUCCUCACUAUAGUUUAAAAAAAUGGUAAUAAAAUAUGACAAGAUCUCAGAGUUGUUUCAAACUGUGUCAGAAAAAAAUGAUCUUAAUUAUGUCAGAUAACACUUAAGCAAAACAUGGUCAGGUCAAAGUGUCUGAAUCAAUUUUACUGGUAGUCCACUGUAUGAAGAAUUUUUGGGUAUAAUAUGUCACAGUUUACUUUAUUUUGAUAUCCUCACUUACAUUAAUGAACUAUAGUGUCCUGCACCCACUAGUAAAAAUAUAUCAAAAAUGAUAUCUAGUGUCUGAAUAAUUUUUGGUUUGACUGUAAAUUCAACAUGUUCAUCUUUAAAUUCAAACUUUGGCUUUGCAAACAUAACCAAACAAUUAAAUGCUACAUAAUUAGAUUAUUACAUUAAGCAUUUAACAACUGUGACUGUUACAAUAAAAACUAAUACAAUACAUUCUACAAAAACUGCUGAAUGAAUGGAAAAGUACAAAGGUACAAAAAAGUACGAGUCCAAGGAUACUGUGGUCAUCAGUGAAGAAACUGCACUCUACUGCUCUCAAUGUUCACAUGAGUGUCCUAGUUAUGCUGGCCCACUUAUCUUGUUGAAAUGUUUUUGACUAUUUUUGACCACAGUGUUCAGGGUGUUUUUAAAUAAUAAUCCAUUCGUUAAAAUAUACACGUUCAUCAUUGUGGCCUAAAUUUAUCUAUGACGGUUGUUGAUCAGAAAAUUUGGUAUGCCAGUGCUUUCUAAAUGAGCACACAGUGCAAAUGUGCUGUAUAAGCAGAUUAGUGUGUUCGAUUUGAGCAGGCAAACGUGGUUUAACAGACACUUGUGUAAAAAGUGGUGAAUGCUGUUUAUAGUUUCGGGAAAUGAGUCUCUGUUUUGGUGGCUGAUGUAAUGGUAUGUUUUGGUAUGAAAAGGUAUGGAAUGUUUUACUGAUAAAAUGUCAAAUAUAGUUAUCGUAAUGGGGAAAACUGUAAAGCAAGAGCUGUAUCAGAUUUGGUAUCGAUUAAUUUACAGCUAUCUUAAGUUUUUUUUUUUUUUUAUACCACAGUGUCUUACCAAAAAAAAAAAAAAAAAAAAAAAAAAGUGCAAUAAGGCAUUGUGACAGUUGCUUCCAUAAUUUAGGAGCUUUGGGGACCAAUAGCCACAUUACUACAUUAACAUUUCAAACUUGUUUUUGUCUUUGAAUAAGAACUUUAUAAAGCUUUUUUAUUUAUUGGAAAAGAUUACCUUUAAUUCAGUUUAAUUGGUAUUCUGAGAAGUGACAUGGAAUUUCAAUCAGCUGAGAGAAAACACUGAAAUCAAUAUAAGGCAAUACACAAUGUGUUUCACAAAGACUACCAAGAUAUUUAUUUUAACCCUCACAAAUUUAUAUGACAUGGACCGAUUGGGGUUACUCUCGCUUGUUUUAUAUAAUUUACACAAAUGUUCAUUUUUUACUUGUUACUGUCAUUUUGAAUGUCACUACAUAACCAUUUCUCAAGUUUUAAAGCUCUACAGUAGAACAUUUCAUCUUUUUACACUAGGUAGGAUGUGAUUAAAAUAUGUUUCCUACAGUUUUCAUGUGCUAUGUUCAGUGUUAUGCUGUUUAACGAUUAUUAAAUGUUUAAUGUUGUGUAUGUUACAUUUGUUGGUGCAUAUUAAAUAAAAUAUAAGAUCUUAAGAUAAUAUAA